UAAAUCGGAUUAAUCCGUAGCUAAAUUAACGAGAAAAUGGCUGCUGUGUUUCUAGUAACGUUGUACGAAUACUCGCCCACCUUCUACAUUAGUGUCAUCUCGUUGUGCUUUGUGGUUACGGCCGCUAUGGUGCUAGGCUGGUUUGGGUUUGACGUACCGGUCAUCCUGCGCAGCACCGAUGAGACGGAGUCAAAUCUGCCGACCCCAGAAAAGAAAAUGGUCCAAGUGACCAACCCUUUCGCUUUGGAAUUGGGGUCAGGCCCGUCAUCUGUCAGUGAAGGGGUCGCAGUGCGGCCUCGCUGCCUGGAGCACUGCGUGCUGAGCUGCUUCUGGGGCUGCGGGGUGAACGCCCUACAGGGGGCGCUGCAGUCCCACCAAAACGGCCCCAGGCUCAGCAUCCCCCGGCUCUUUGAGGAGGCCCUCCAAUUCCAGUACCACCACUGCCAGACCUUCCAAGUCAACGGUGACGACACGGAGGAGCGCCACACACAGAUGCCCGCCGAACUGGGAGUCCAAGACUUCGGCCUGUUGCCCCGGGAACGAUACCCGCUGGUGGUGGUGCUGACGCUGGCGGAGCCCGAUGCCAGGGAGGCCUACAACAUAGUGUCUAGCGUCAGCGUGAUUCACGUCCCCGAUAAGUCGUACGGUCUUUCCACGCGGACCCUCUUCCAGUACCUCCUGACCACUCAAGGGAACAUGUACGAGUUAAAGCCCCUCUUCAUGUCGGGGGGAGGAGCCUCGACUGGGGCCCUGGACCCCAACCAGAGGGCCCCACCCCAAGCGACACCACAGGCCACAGCGGCGCCGAUCGACGGCGAACCAUCUCUCGCGGCAGUCCACGACAACGAUGAAGACGACGUCGACGAGGAGGAGGAGGAAGAGGAGUGGUGCGAGGGGAAGGGCAGAGACUGUGUGGUGUGCCAAAACGGUGCCAUCAACCGCGUGCUGCUGCCGUGCCGGCACGCGUGCGUGUGCGACGUCUGCGUGUCGCGCUUUCAACACUGCCCCAUCUGCCGCGCGUUCGUCAUGGAGUCCUUUGCGCUGUCGCAGGAACCCGCCGCCACGCAGACGCACUGACGAUAUGAGCCCCGAUAUGACUGACUGUAGAUAUUAAUUUAUUAACCCGGGAGGUCCUCGUUAUCUCACAUGAAGGUGGUUUUACGUUGAAGUUACUUCAGCUUAUUUUAGUUGUAUACCAAAUAUACAAGAUCUUGUAUUAUAUUUCAGAGUGAAAUAAUUUAUUGUCGUAUUUGUCUGCGCUUUUGAAUGCUGUUUUACCUCACUACUGCUUUUGUAUUCGUUCAGCAUGGUUUAAAGUACUGUGGUGUUUUACCGUUAAGAUUGUUGAAAAUAUUGUGUUCUUAAAGUUCUAACCCCGUCUGUUGAUUUUAAUGUGUACAACGAUUACAUUGCCUAUGGUGUAAAUAUGCUUAUUCUGAAAUAGGAAUUAAUUUUUUUGGAACCUGCUGCACAUUACUGAAAUGAGGUUGAUCGAAACCCCCUUGUCUAGAUUUUGAUUACUGAAAUUUGAUCAAUGUGAUAUUUAUAAGGCUUUAGCUUUGAGUCCAGGUAAGGAAAAGACAUCCAAUACCCCAGAAAAAAAACUACAAAAUAAAUGGUUAUUAAAACCUU